GCACGGGCACCGAGUAUCUUCUGGCAAGACACUGCGGGCACCGAGUCGACUGCGGAAACUAGCGGGCCCCGAGUCCCCUUCUGGCAAGACAGUGGGCUCCCAACCUUCACCCACAGGUCACGACAGUGGGUCAACCCCUGGUCGGGUCAUCAUGGGGUGGGUCGGUUGAAAUUUUUAUCGUCUGGCUCGACAGCCGGGCAUCGGGUCACCAGGCAUCAGGUCAUUUGGCUUGCCAGCGGGCACCGCGUCAUCUUGGGCAAGGCAGUGGGGCACCGGGGCACCAGGUAUGACAAGCGGCUCUGAGAUCAAAUUGGCACGACAGUGCGGGCA